CUCAAUUCGAUCAGAGACUACAUCCUUGGAUCACAUCGCCUCUCGAUGUUUUGUUUAUGGUUGCCACACUCCGCAUUGAUUCAUGCGAGCACUUCCAGGAAACGACAUCGCAGACGCAGCCACGGCGCGUAAUGUGUCAUUGUGCCAUUGGUUCGAGAUAUGCAUAGCAAUCCAACAGUAUAGUGGCCUUGCGCCGUGUGAUAUUUUAUAAGCUAAAUACGUCCAACGUUUGCACUUAUCAGUCAGCCGCAAUCUCACUCAGGUAAGCUGCAAUUCCCCAAAGGACGACUGCGACUGGACACACAAUGAGCCUCUGUGUCCCGUGCAAUCGCACUUUCGGUAGCGACCAGGCACUCAGGCAACACGAAGAAGACUCACCAAAGCAUGGACCUUUUGACUGCAAGGCAUGCAAUCGCUCUUUUAGUAGCCAGAAUGCAUUGUCUCAGCACCAAAACGAUUCCCCAGUUCACCAAAGAUCCAGAAGAGACUCCGUCACUACAGCCGUCACGCCUGUUCCCUCUACUCAACAUGUCCCUUUGCCGUUUUCAGCACCGUCCAAUAUCUCUUCGGCACCGGACAAUGGCCAGCGCAGCCGCCACACCGCGACGGGAAACAGUUCACACACAAAUCCGACGUUCGACUUGGAUUAUAUCCCACUUGAAGACACUUUGCAGGCCCUGACUAUAUCCGAUGUUAAUACGACUACCACACUACCAAAAGUCGGUCGGGCACGCAUUGCUAAACUACAAAAAGAGACGAGGACUUCGUUUACGUUUCCCGAACUGCACCAACGCAUUGCGGAAGCUGUCGCGCCCGCCAUAACUUCGACGUGGUUCAAUUCCAAUACGAAGGCCCGUCCUGAGAAAGAGAAGGACACGAAUAUUAUAGGAUCGUUUACAUGCGUCAACAACCGAUGCGGAAAAGAUGGGUGGAGUAGUGGACUGGUAGCAAUCCAUAUCAGAGGAUAUUCUCGUAACGGAUACAACGCUGUCGUGUUCAACCAGCGCUGCAAGUCUUGCGGCUGGCUAGGGAGCCUCAAGAUGGAUGAGAAGUCGUACAUAGAGCGGGUUACGUUCAGGCUCAACACAUGGGCAGGAGUGGGGACUGAGCAUACACAUUUUAGUUCCAAGAUGCUCCAAGGACCACACGAAAGCGAGUACUGCGAGGGCUGUAAAGCGGGACAUUGUCCACGGGGAAGCAACCUCUGACAGUAACACGUAUUACCAUCGUAGUGACAUGUAAACAUGAGGCGAGGCGGAAUCUCACCACAUCGGUAGUAACCAGAGCUAAUAUAUGUACGAGCAAUGGAUUGGUCAUCAGCCCCGCCUUGGU